AUGACUCUUGAGUUGUUACCCAAUGAACUUUUAUUACAAUUGUUCGAAUAUCUUCCUGUCGUCGAUCUUUUUCGCGCUUUCCUACAUCUCAAUAGUCGGUUUAAUAAUCUUCUCUUCAAUCAAUUUCGUAAAUAUCGUCUCAAUUUUCAAUCUACAUACAAACAAGAUUUUGAUAUUAUUUGUCGACGCUAUCUUCCAUCAAUUAUUGAUCGAACAAUUUCACUUUGUCUUUCAGACGAUGACAAAACUCCAGAUCAAAGCAAUUGUUUUGUAUCUUAUAACUUGGCUCUUUGUGACUUUAGACAUUUACAAUCACUCUCAUUAUAUUAUUUACGUUGUGAAAUCGUAAUGUGCCAAUUGAUGAAUGAAUGUCAACAUCUUCAUAGUUUAAUCUAUCUGAAAUUUAGUCAAUGCAAAUUUCGUCAUGAAAAAACGACAAUUUGUUGUCUUCUUAGUAGCAUAUGGUGUUUACCAAAGUUGACUUACUGUUAUUUGGAUAUUUAUUUUAAUGGUAAAGAAUAUUGUAUUUUACCAACAAUGAUAUCUACUUCACUUCAACAUCUUACUAUACAGUGGGCAACAUAUCGGCUUACGGAUCUUGCUCAUAUUUUCCAAUGUACACCUUAUCUUCAAUAUCUUGAUGCAAACUACAGUAUCGAUCUUGAUGAUACACCACUUUCUUUUAAUAUUUCAUCGAUCGUUACGUUGAAAAUGUGUGUGUAUGAAUCACGAUCAACGUUAAUUAGUUUUUUGGAAAAAUUGCCUAAUUUACGUCAUUUGACAAUCGAAACAGAUGAUACCCAUAUGGAUGGAUAUCAAUGGGAACAACUUAUUGUCAAUCAUUUGCCUAAACUUCAAAUACUACGACUUAAAAUGUUAUUUCAUGUUGAUGAUAACGAAAAUAAAGAACAACGAGUCGAUGAUUUACUUAAUUCAUUUAGAACUCGAUUUUGGCUUGAAGAACAUCAAUGGUAUGUUCGAUGUGAUUGGGAUCGAUGUCAACAAGAUUCUUGUCGUGACGAUAUUUUUCUCUAUACAUUACCAUAUACUUUCAACGAUUACUAUUUGCAUGAUUCAAUUAUUAAAGAGAAAUCGACUUGUCCUGGUAAUGAUAUUCAUUUUUCAUACGAUCAAGUACAUUCUUUGCAGUAUGAAAUUUUUCCACCUACAAAUCAAAUAUCGUCUCAAUUUAUGUUCCUUAAUAUUCACGAACUUUAUAUGUACUUUCCUAUAGAUGUUAAUUUUUGGUUAGUAAUGCCUCGACUAGAUCAUUUGAAAUCACUUUCAGUGGGUAUAGAUGAUCUUGUUCAAACGUUUGAUACUCUAUGUCAAUUGCAAACCAUUUUGGAUCGAGCACCUCGUUUAUAUAGUCUCACAUUUGAACGUUGGCCGGAGACUUUUACAGAUAUGCCACCAUUUAAUUAUUCAAGUAAUUCAGUUCGUCUACUUCAUUUGCAAGAUAUUGAUCGACCUUACAAUCAUCGUCAGUGUGUUAUAUUGAGUCGUUCAUCACUAGGCAAACAAUGUGAAAUACUUUCAAUUACCGUAAAAUAUCGAAGAAGUAUACUCUAUCUUCUUCGUAAAAUGACAAAUCUUCGAGCAUUGAAUUUUAUAUCUCAAGAAGAUCCAUGGGCAGAUCGAAAUCAACAUUACUCAUCUUCGUCGAGUGAAGAUGAUGGUACCGAUGACGAACUUAUUGCCUGGUUAAAAGAUUGUUUACCAUCUACCUAUACGAUUACGAGAUGUACUGAAGGAGUUACUGAAUUUGGAACUCGGACUAUUGGCUAUCCUAUACGAUUGUGGAUUGGUUGA